GGCCUUACCCUAGUGUAUUUGACUUACACAUUGGUUUUCCCAUCACUCCAUACAUUAGGCCGUUUUAUUAAAUUAGACAAUAACUGAAUCACACCCAAUCAGACCUUGUCUUCAGUAUAAAAGAAGAUACAUUUUCUUGGCAAAUCAUUCGCUAAGCUUCAACACUAGCACGAAGUCAGUACUCAAGAUGCGUUCUCUGGUCAUCGUGGCAAUUUUGGCGCUGGUCGCAAUGGCGUUUGGCGCUAGGACUAUGAAGCAAGCUUACAUUCGCUGCUCCCAUGUCGGCCAGGAUUGUGGAAAGUGUUGCAGUGACUAUAUUCCUGGACCUGGUCGCGAGUGCUAUGAGAAGAUCACUGUUUGGGGACAGGAGAACAAGGCAGACAAAUAUAGCAAAUGCAUGUGCAUGUGUGAAGCUCCUGUCGAUGUGGACACCUUCCUCAAAGGGUUUCUUACAAAUGGAUACAGUAUGUCUGGAAAGAAGAAGUAGUUCGGACAUUAGGCAUCCAACAUUUUAUUUUAUUUUUUUACUUUGCUUUUUUUGUAAUCUGAUUUUUAUGUGCCGCCAAUAAAUGUUUAUGCAUAUCUUUCAUAGAUUGGUUUUUUG